AUGCCUUGGUGUGCCUUUGUGCUGAUGUUUAACUUCAUAGUCACUUCGGGAGCAGUCGCCGGCCAAGAAAGACCGACGGUACACACCGAUUCCGGAAUAGUUGUUGGAGAACGUUUGACAGUCCGCGCAGGAGAUGUGGACGCCUUCUACGGAAUUCCUUACGCGGUGCCACCUUUGGGAGACCUUCGGUUCAGAAAACCAGUGCCUUUCAAGUCUUGGCAAGGCGUGUAUCAGGCAACAAGUAAACCCAAGCCUUGUGUGCAGAUGGACAUUGAUAUCAUGGAGGUGGCGCCUUUAAAUUACUCCGGCUCUCAGGAAGAUUGUCUCUACCUCAACAUCUGGAGAUCAUCCAAGCUAUGCUCUGCGGCUGUGAAGUGCAGUAAGAAACAGGCGGUCGUAGUCUACAUUCACGGUGGAGCAUUCCAGUGGGGGGACUCUUCUCUAUUUUUAUACGACGGAAGUAACUUCGCUGCGUCGUCGGAGGUUCUGUUCGUAAGCUUCAAUUACCGGGUCGGUAUUUUCGGAUUUUUGUCGAUUGGAAGGCCGGAGCUGCCUGGCAACAUGGGACUUUGGGACCAGAGUCUGGCGCUCGAGUGGGUUCGGACCAACAUCGGUUACUUUGGCGGAGACCCGAACCAUUUAACAUUGUGGGGUCAAAGCGCCGGUGCUGCUUCGGCUGGCUACCACGCCCUCUCUCCUCAGAGCAGGGGACUCUUUCAGCAGAUCAUCAUGCAGAGCGGGACCCCCCUCCUGACGAUCUCGAUGACUUCGCACGAUCCAGCGUCGAGAUUCUUAGUACUUUCUGGAGCCGUUGGUUGCUACGAUGCAUCCACCAACUGGAAAACAGAGGUUUCUAGCAUAAUAGCUUGCUUACAGAGGGUGGACGCUCGCAAGAUUAUUAAUAUUAUAAGCGAAGAUCAUCCUCGGAACCAGUAUUAUAUACCAACCAGCGGUGACGAUUUCUUACCGAUUGAUCCCUUCGUUGAAAAUGCCUGGCGAGAAUUGGGUGCUAAGAAACUGCUAAUAGGACGCACGUCAAACGAAGGCACUCUAAUGGUACGUUUUUUGACCCAGUCGGUUCCACAACUCCAAAAUCUGAACGACUUUGACUACAGAUUUUUUCUGAACGUUGUAUUCUCGGUCAUGUUGAACAUACCAGUUUCUGCGGCACGAGAUAUUGUGAGCGAGUAUUUUAGUGAUUACGAUGUUCAACAUGACAACGACACCGUGUAUUCCAUCAUUGGUGAAGUGAUGGGGGACGUAAUGUUCGACUGCCCGAACAAAUAUAUCGCGAUUCAAGCUGCGGCGCAGGGAGUGGACGUCUACAUGUACGAGUUCGCCCAUCGACCUUCAUUCAGUGCCUGGCCUAAGAACUUUGGUGUAACCCACGCCGAUGAUUUGCCAUUUCUACUAGGUACUCUGCAAUCUAUUUUUCACAAUGGUCGAAUCUCAGCGGCCCUGCCCGAAGAGGUCCGAAGACAUAUUCCGGAAGUAAGUUAUACGCAGGAAGAGCUUGCUUUCAUGGACCAGCUCAUGGAUAUGGUGUCGACUUUCGUAAAGGACGGGUGCGUACGAAUUUUGUAUUUUUGA